UAGACCUCUCUGGAAGAGGGCCUCGCACACCGCGGCGCCUCGCUGCGACGCCGCCGUCGUCGUCGUUAUCGUGAUCCUGCUCGUACCUUGUACGCGUCGUCGCGUCGCGUCGCGCGCGCGCGACGGUGCAGCACUGCUGCUGCUGGCACACGUGCGAGGCGGAGUGCAAAAGGGGACCUCGUAGAUAAGCCGGGGAGCGGAGACGUAUCUACCGCGCAUCCCGUGGCGCCCCGCUGUGCUUCUCCGCGGAAAGACCGCGGAUAGGGGAGAAAGAGGAGGCGAAGGUAGAGAGAGAGGGAGGAGCGGACACGUCGCUCCGCGUUUCUCGGAUAUUUCUCUCGCAGCUGGCCGCUCCGUCGACGACGGUGCGCGCGUCGUUUCCGCCGUCCGUCCUCCGUCCCCCCCCCUCGCGAGCCACGAGCGACGUUUUUUGGAGCAGCGCUCGAGGGAACCGUCUUUCGUGAGAAAAAGAAGGAGAGAGAGAACGAGGGGCCGACGGACAGACGACUCUCGACGAGCUGCGACCUCAAACAGUCGCCGGCGUGAAGCGGGCGACGAUGGGAUCGUCGCUGUCCCGCGGCUAACUCCAGCCCGCGUGUUUCCCGUGCGCCGUUCGCGAAUCGUCAUCGUCGGGGCGCGCGCGCGCUCCGACAAUUAUGACCCGCGCGUUGUUGCAAUGUCCGUCGGCGUGCGCCGGUUCGCACCGCGCCGUGCCGUAGGAAAGAAGAAGCAGCAGCAGCCGAGUUUCUACGCUCCGUUUUUACUCGCCCGUCGGACGGUCCGCUGCUCCGCUGGGAGUCAAGUUCGUCGCGCUCCGCUGUGCGCGCCGCGUCCGUGGCGCGCUCUUCCGCGCGGCGUUCACCACUGCGCUUUCGAUCGCGCGUCGCCGCGCCGCAUCGCAUCGCAACGUCACGGCGUCUCUCUCUCUCCGCCUACCUGUUUGCCAGCACCGGGAUAGAGGAGCGAGGGGCUGCCCGUGCGAACGAGGAUCGGCCGGCGCUUAUCGAGAUCGCGACCUACCCGACGCAAAACCCGGCCAACUCCACGCGCAUCGGAGGGGUCGAGGGAACCUUCGGGCAGCAACGAAACUUCGUCAACAUAAAGCGUGGAAGGUCCGGCACGGCUUGCCGCCAGCAGAAGCUUGAAAGGACGAGGACAAUCUAGCUCGCGGACUCGAAGCGCUCCCGAGAAGAUCGCGCCAAGUCCGCUCCGAGGAACAAAGGACGCGGAAAGGUAGCUUCGGGGAAGGGACGCUCCCGUCGCUCGCUCGCUGGUCCAAGACGAGGCCGACGGGCGCACGAAAUUCGCGUCGCGAGCGGAUCGGCGCGGAGGUGCUCGCCUGCACCUGCCGAGAGCGCGCGCGUUCCUCGAAGAAAGAGAGAGAAAGGGGAAAGGAAGAGGAGAGGAGCGACGUGGCGCGGGCUGUGUCGAAUGUCGUCGUCGAGCUCGGGAGGGCGGCUGAAAACCGUCGGCGGAAGGACGAUGCGGUUACCGACCCGUCGAGCCUCGUCCACGUCGAGUUCCGUCGGCUAAUCGGCGGCGGCGAUUGAUCGUCCCGGCGCCCGCGACUCGCGAGGACGAUAUCAGCGCGCGCGUCGUCUCACUCGCGGUAGUCGGCCCGAGGUAGCCGCGCGAGCGGGGGCUCCUGACGGGCACACUGAGCGCGCGCGCGUACGGCGUGUGUACGUGUGUGCGCUUCUCUCACGGUGUGCCCCGCGUCGCGCCACGAACUCCGGGUACUCGCGCGCGACGAACGACGCGGAUUCCGAAGCGGAAAACAGUAGCGACUGUUUUCGUUUCUUCGCGUUUCAUCCGACCUUUAUCGCCGCGACGCGACCGACCAGCGUGUCGAUCUCUCUCUGUGAUACCGGUGCCGCGUAUGGUGAUGGUUAACGACCGCGGAGUCGUCGCUCGGUGGUGAUAUCGACGGUGUGUGGUGGUGAGGUUCUAUUAGUGCAACCGCGCGCGCGGUCGGUGCCCACGCGCACCAAGAAGCAAGAGGAAAACGGAGAGAGAAGGAGAGAGACCGUCUCUCGCGUGCACGCGUGACUCUCAAUUCAUUAUCACGGAUCUCCCUCGGCGAUCCGACGCCGCGCCCACCCUCGAUGAGAGGAGGCACAUGUCCGUUGCUGCCACUGAAGAUGCAGGGGCUGGCCCGUGUGAGCUGCAAGACCCGUUGUGGGUCAAAAUGAGUGCGAUUACUGGCGGCAUUACCAAGAAGAGAAAGAAAUCCGAUGCAAAGCCUACAUCGCAGAUGAACAAGUGCCUUAACGAAAAGAAACGACGGACCCAAGAGAAUUUGUACAUCGAUGAACUGGCUGAGCUGAUUUCCGCCACGGACAUGAGCUCUGGCAAGACCGACAAAUGUCAGAUCCUUCAGAGAACCGUCGAUCAGAUUCGGCACUUUAGGCAACAAGAGGGCUCCAAUAGUCAUGCCGUACAGCAGGGAGAAGUGUCUUCGUCGAAUCCGAAUAUACUGUCGAACGAUCAAGUCGGUCCCAUCUUACUCGAGGCGUUAGACGGCUUUCUGUUCGUCCUGAACACGGAGGGCCGCGUGGAGUACGUUACGGAUAACAUAACGCAGUACAUCAAUUAUACGAAGGACGAUGUGCUCGGCAAGGAUAUCUACAACAUUAUUCACCAUGGAGACCAUAACUCCUUCAUUCCGAGUCUGUUGCCCAUGUCUUCUCUAAGCUGGACCAACGAGCCGCAGACCAGGAACCGCACGUUCAACUGCCGCUUCUUGGUGAAGCCACCCGAUGAUAAGAGCGAGACUAUGGAAGAGAAGCAACAGCGCGUGUCGAAGUACGAGUCCAUGCAAAUCUGUUCUGCCCUACUGCCGAACGUCGAUCGUCUCGAGAGCGGUGAUGUGUCCUCCGAGUCGUCCGACAUUGGCCCUUGCGUGAUGUGCGUGGCGCGCAGGAUACCGAUGAACGAGAAGCCCGUUGGUACUCGCGUCGACCAAUUCACCGUCAAAUUGGAUACCACCGGGAAGAUUAUCGCGAUAGACGGCAGUUGGUUACCUCCCGCUUACUCGAAGUACAUAAACAAGGACCUGAUAGGCACAGCAAUUAAGGACCUGUGCCAUCCUCAUGAUCUCAGCACGAUCACGAAGCAUUUGAAGGACACGCUUCAAACCGGGGAGAAUACGAGCGAUGUGUACCGGCUGCGCAUUACUCCCGACAAGUUCCUUAAAAUACAAACGAAAACGAAAUUGUUCAAAGAGAAUAUAAUGGAUGGCGUGACCGAUGACUUUAUGAUGGCUACUAAUUCCAUCAUUGGGGACAGUGACUUAAUGCCUAUCGAGGGUCAGCUUUCCAACAACAAAGUGUGCUCAGGACAUUCUAGCAACCGUUGUGCGAAUAAUAGUAAUAAUAAUAACGGUAACAAUAACAAUAACGUGGGUGGGCCGCUGAUGUCCGUCGCGCACCUGAACGGUCAAGUGAGUGGUAUCAGUGCUCGCGGUAUGGCGACGACUCCCACGUCCUCGAACUCGAUCGCCUUUAACGCGGGGGGUACCGGUGCCGGCAGCGGUGGCGGCGGCGGCGGCAGUGAUUCGUGCAACCCUCUCACGUCGCUAAGCACGUCGACCGGCAAUCCGUUCAAUCACUUUUCGGGGAGCAUGGACCUGGAAUUCGAUCUCUUUCCUAGUUCCACGUGGAACUUGGAGAGUAGCAGUGGCUGGGUGGACAGGCCGGAGUCGAGGGCGAGCGGGCCGCCGAAUUCACGACCAUCUUCCCAACCGGCUCCGACGUCACCGAGCUCGCAGGGAACCUUCUCUAAUUCAGCGGUGGCGUCCCAUUGCAGUCCCCUGCGAUCGUACAGCCCGAGCUCGGUCAGCGCUGCUCACCCCUUCAGCAAUUCGUUCUCCUUCAGUCCGCUUCAGGAGUCCACGCAGACGUCCACGUUGGCCAGCAACGCCGUCGUCAGCGGUGUCAGCACCAACGGCGGCAGCGGCGGUGCUGGCGGUGGCAGUAAUGUCGCUGGUAGCGGCAAAACCGUACCUGGAAACGUUGCUACAACGUCCGUCAAGCGAGCAGAAGAAGGUAGCAGCAAGAGCGGGUGUCCUACCAGCAACAGUGGUGCUACUGGCGGUGCUGGCAGCGUACUGGACAGCGGCGGAACGACGAAAACUAGCAACGCCACCAUCGAGACUCAGAACAAUAGUGUCGUGUCCACGGAAUCCGGUAGACUCAGGAACUUAUUGACCAAGGGCCCAAGUGCCAGUGAUGAUAGCCAGGAUAAUGUGAAUAACGACACGGAUAACCAGAGCAAGAACCAGAUACUAAAGAUCCUGUUGAACCAGCAGGACGAGGACGAUUAUCAUUCGGAACACAAAGUGCGCACGGGUCCUAGCAGCAUGCCGAAGCCGAGCCUAGAGCACUCCAAAUCGUCGCUAGGAAAUAAUAUGCUGUUGCAGUUAUUGAAUGAGAAGAAUGACGACGAAGACGAGGAGACUCGCGCCGGAGUAAAGAAGAGGAACGAACUUCUGCAACAAUUGAUGAAAGAUCAAGAUGAAGAGACGAAGUUAGAACAGCAGCCAAAUCGGAAGGAUGAUCCUCUUUUGCGAAGCCUUGGAUUCCGGAAUACCACACCAUCUCCUUCUCAAUCAAGCGAUCACGUUAGUCUCGGCAGCACGACGCAAAUCGGCCAGAAGAGACCAGGUGAGGACGGCGACGUUAACGUGGCCGUAAAGCGACCGGUGGACGGCUCGCAUCAAGUAUCGUCUUCAGCGGCGACCUCGUCGAGCAACGCGACCAGCAAGCUCUGGGAGAAAAACAAGAUGUUGGCUUCUCUGCUCGCGAAGCAGCCGCCGCAGCCGACGAACAUUACACCACUUCCCCCGUCUGUGAUAUCGGCAACGCCGCAAGAUAAGCUGCCACGUUUAAAGCAGCAGCAACAACAGCAGCAACAACAGCAGCAACAACAGCAGCCGCAGCAGCAGCAACCUUGGACCGGCGGCAGUAUACAAGUUGGUGGUAAUAAUGCGAUCACAACGACCGCGACGUCAGCGCGGCCUCCCCAAAGCCAGUCGAGACACCUACCUCGUCAAGCAACCAAUACCUACCUCAGUCAUAUGCUAAGUCAGCAACAAAGGUCCCAAAUGGGACCACUCGAGCCCGAGUUUGCGGGUAACAGAGAAUAUCAUCAGGCUGAUCCGGCUUGGGAUAAUCAAUCGUCGGAUCCAGAUCUCUCUGAAAUUCUGGAUCAAGUUAUAGACAUCGUCCCGGAUGAACCACCUAUCAGGGUAGUUACAGAUUCGUCUGCGAUAGCAAAUCUCCUAGAUGCCGAAGCGCCGCAAAAUAAGGCCCUGAAUAACGCCCUGAACGAGAAGAUGGCGAUUAACGCCAUCCAAGAGUCAUUGAUGCUGUGUGAGACCGCUGUGAAUCCGACGUCUUCCACCAUAACCAUGCCUGGCACUCCUCCAGCCUAUUCUACUGCGCUGAGUACCACACCUGUGACAACUAGUCACAGUUACCAGCCGCCUCCAAUGUACCAGCAACCCAGAAUGAGGUUCAACACUCAGCAAGGCGUCAGGCAGACCAGCCAGUUCACGCAGCAGCAGUUGCAGUUGCAACAACGCUCCAAGCUCUUACAGCAGCAGCAACAGCAGCAGCAGCAGCAGCUCAAGCAACGAUUACUGCAACAGCAGCAGCAGCAGCAACUGCUCAUUCCGUCGAACGCCACCGCGACGGACCAGAUCAGCAGCGGCAUUCACAACAUCGAUAAUCUGUUGAACAAUACCGUCGCACCGAACGUGUCGUUGCAGCGAUCGAAUGUCCCAGAUUCGCAAGUCUCUCCGAACUACGGGGGAUCCGUCCAGAUGGCUUCUGGUCACCGACUCGCUCAUUCAUACUCCCAUCCAUCGACGAUGGCACAGCACUCCAUCGUGAACAACAAUUUUAACAGUGGCCAACAAGUGUCCGCCGCGGCGAGGCUCUCGCCACACUCUUCGGCUGGCAUAUUACCGUUUCCGCAUCCGCAGCCAUUGUCACCACGGGUGACGCAAGGCAAUUACAGCAACACAACGAGAUUAUUCAACCAGGUACCAGUGAACUCGGUGAGACCGCAGCAGCAGGUCACGGCGCAGCAGCAGUUGCAGCAACAGCAAUUGCAGCAACAGCAGCAGCAGCAACAACGAUCGAUGCCGUCGCCUGGAACACCAGCUUCCGCGCGGCAGUCCCCCUUUCCGGAGGCGUUCCCGCCACCUACGUCUCCUACCGCCAGCCAGUUUCCACCGGGUCCCAAUACCGGUGCGCCAAAUCCGUCGGCCCAGUAUCGGCUGCAACGGGCCGCGUCUACACCCUCCGCCACAACUCAGUUGCCAGGUGGUAUCGGAUCCCCUCGGCACUACGGCGGCGUGAGUAAGGAACAGCCACUUCUUUCACCUAGUCAUUCACACUCGACUUGCCCGGUAACACCUACUCACAACCAACACAACACUACGAACACACAACAUUUCUCCAGUCAACCACCGCCACCACCUCCGACACAACAGCAACAACCACCGCCACAGCAACACAAUCCAAUGCUGUACCACAGCAACGCCAAUACUAUCAACCCGGCUGACAUGCAGAAUAGUCAGUUCUGUUACGAUCGAUCGUCAGUUCCGCUCUAUCCUGGCGGGGAGGCGCAGGAUGUCAGGUCACUGCCUCCGGGUAAUCCUGUCAAUCAUCAGAUCGGUGGUAACGUGAGGAGUAAGGAUUUUGUGCGGCAAGAGCUACGGGCGUGUAUUGGCUCUCGGUCGCAGCAGCAACAGAGAGUGUCCAAUAACCUGCAGAACAAUCUUUCUGAUCAAGUUUCUCAGGACGAGCUUGAAGCACUCGGUUUAACGUUCGAGAUGGCUCCUGCAGGUGAGGCUGUGGUUAGCGAUGGCCCCGCCAAGAGCUGGGCCAUUGGGAGCGCCGGAAGUGCCCCCUCGUCCUCCAGGACUACUAUGGAGGAGGUGGCACGAGGUGAUUCGAAGUCGCUGCUGCAGAAGCUAUUGUCCGAGUGACUGCAGGCCACCAUCCUGUUACGCAGUGAAGGAUUGUGUGUAAUAUACGUUUGAGUGCGCGACGAAGGAGAGAAAGAGAGAAAGAAAUAGAUAUUGAGAGAUUGAGACAGCGGAACGGAGAUGCAGGACGUAAAAAAAGAAUCACGGAGGCGAGUGCGAGAGCGCGAGAAUGCGAGCGAGAGCAAGAGCAAGAGAGAGUACGCGAGAGAGCGAGUUAGACGCAUGUACACUCUUAUACGUAAUGGAUACUAUUGUAUUAUAUGUAACGUCACACACACGGAGUCAGUAUUCAUAUACGUAUCACCAAAUACAAUGCAAAAUUAGCGAAUGCGCGGUGCUCUCUAUUUGAUUGUCGCCAGAGUCGAACAGCCGCGGAAGCGGGACGAGCCGGAACCGAGAGAGGCCGGAAGAAAGAGAGGCGCGAACGAUGAAGAGGCAGGCAGAAGCAAGGGAAGAGGUAGCCAUGGAACUACUUUCUUUUUCGUUUUUACUUUUCGAACUUGAAGGACCAAAAGUUUUUGUUUCCGCUUCGACUACGUCGGCGCUCGGCAGUCGACCGAGAUCGCAAACGAAAGAAGAGUUGAUUCGCCACGUACGUUCGCGUCAUUCGUUUUUUUCUUAUCUUCUUUCAUUUAAUCACUUCGUCAAGCCUCCUCGUCUCGAGCUCGUCCUGGUUUCGGACGGUCGACAACGAUGCACGUCGUAUCGCGCGUAUCGGGAUCAGCGAUACGACGAUCACAGGCAUAAUGAUGAUAAGCCCACAUCCGCAUUUUACCUGUCGAUAGGUGUGCCUGUGUACGUAAGUCUGUGUGUGCGUGUGUGUGUGUGUAUGCGCGCGCGCCUGUGUCACAUAUGCUGUGCGUGUGCACCUGUGUGUCGUGUUCUCCGUCAGUAUUGUACAUCUGGUAAUAUCAGCAAGCAAGCGGAAGAGAAAGAGGGGAGAGGAAACUAUUGUAGGUACCUCAAGAAAAAAAAAGGUAUACUUUACUAUACCACUGGCUGUUGAAGAUAGAUACUAUUUAUAGGAUUUAAUUAUUGUACACAGGAAAGAAAGAAAAAAUAGA